AUGGCGACACCACACCUCCAAUAUCAAGGACAAGAACACAACCGCGGCACCGAGAUCCAGUCUCAAGUUCCACGAGGAUCCUCAUCCACCAUCAUCAUGGCGGAGACAAACACCACCAUCCCGACCGCCGUCGGCCCCGUCGGCGAGGUGCGCCCGUCGCAAGACAUCAAGGGGCCUCCCCCCUACGCCAACACGGGCCGCGAUAGCCUCAACGGCGGCGAUAUCCACGAGGAAUACCAUGGCCUUGUCCUGCCCACCGAGGAAGAGAAGAAAACCCUGCGCCGUGUGGCCGGCAAGAUGCCUGCCGAAUGCUACUACCUCUGCGCCGUCGAGUUCGCCGAGCGUGCCUCGUACUACGGCUGCUUCCAGGUCUACAAGAACUUCAUCCGUGCUCCCCUGCCCAAGGGUUCCCGCACCGGUGCUGCCGUCCUCGACAAGAACGAUACCGCCGGUGCCCUCGGCAAGGGCUCCGUCACUGCCACUGCCAUGACCGAGGCCUUCAAGUUCCUGUCCUACGCCCUCCCCAUCUUCUUCGGCUGGCUCGCCGAUACCAAGUAUGGUCGUUUCCGCAUGAUUUGCCAGGGUGUCGCCAUUUGCGGUGUUGCCCACAUCAUCAUGAUCAUCUCGGCUCUUCCUCCUGUCCUCACCUCUGGUAACGCCAUCGGUCCCUUCGCUCUCUCACUCUACAUGCUCUCCAUUGGUGCCGCCCAGUUCAAGCCCAACAUUUCGCCCACCGUCAUGGACCAGUCCCCACACAAGGUUGCCCACGUUAUCGAGCAGGAUGGCGAGCGCGUCAUUGUCGACCCCGAGGAGUCUCUCAACAGUGUCAUGUUGUGGUUCUACCUCCUCAUCAACAUCGGUGCCUGCUUCGGUAUCCCCACCACCUACCUGGCCAAGCUUGUCGGUUACUGGGCCGCCUACCUGAUUCCUACCAUUCUCUACCUGCUGCUCCCUCCCCUGCUGUGGUACCUCAACCCCAGACUCGUCAAGCAGCCUCCUGGUGGUUCUGAUUUGGGUAACGUCUUCCGCGUUCUUGGCGACUGCUUCACUCAUGGUGGUCUUCGCUCCAUCGGCCGCAAGGGUUUCUGGGAUGUUGGCAAGCCCAGCGUUCGCGCUGCUGCUGGUAGCACCAAGGUUUACGGCUAUGAUGAUCAGUUCGUCGAGGAUGUCCGCCGUACCUUCCAGGCUUGCGGUAUCUUCCUCUUCCUUCCCAUCUACUACAUCAACGACGGUGCUCUCGGUGCUGCUGCCAACGCCCUCUCCGCCGGUAUGAGGACCAACGGUGUUCCCAACGAUUUGCUCGACAACCUCAACUCCGUCACCAUUGUCAUUAUGGUCCCUCUCAUGAACCACGUCAUCUAUCCUCUCCUGCGCAGAAAGGGCAUCCACUGGGGCCCCAUCUCCCGUAUGACCUUCGGCUUCGCUCUCUGCACCAUUGGCUCCAUGGGUUUCCCUCUCCUCCAGCACUACGUCUACGAGACCUCUCCUUGCGGCAAGUACGCCACUACCUGCCAGGAGAAUGCUGCUGAGGGUGAGGAUGGUCUCUCUUCCAUCUCGUACUGGUACUACGCCAUUCCCAUUGUCGUCACUGCCGCCUCCGAGAUCUUCGUCAACGUCACUGCCUACACCAUUGCCUACUCCCGCUCCCCCAAGAACAUGAAGGGUCUCGUCAGCUCCGUCAACUUGUUCAUGACCGCCAUCAGCGCCGCCAUUGGUCUCGCCACCUCCAGCGCUAUCCAGGAUCCCUACCUUGUCUGGGCUUUCGCCGGCCCUACCAUUGCCGGUGGUGUCUUUACCAUUGUCUUCUGGUUCAUGUUCAGGCACCUCAACAACGAGGAGUUCAUCAUCAACACCGACUUCGGUGACAUGGUGCGUGAGUCGGACAACAGCAGUGAUGAGGAGGCCAACAAGCACGGUGCCAAGGGCCAGGAUACCAUCACUCAGGUUCCUGCCCCUCAGCCUGUCACUCUCAAUGAGAAGAACUAA